AUGUCCAGGGACGGUCCAUUACAAGCAGCGCCCGAGUCGUCACAGGCAGCGGCCCUGCCCCUCCGAACGCAAACAGAUGAUCACUCCCCCGCAGCUCCAUCCCAGCAGCAGAAUGCGCCCUUCGACAUCGUCCGGGCCUACCGCGAGCUGCUCCAAUCAGACCCCGACAUCACCAUGCCGGUAGCAGCCAUCGAGUCCCUGAUCGAGGUGCUACGCAUGAUCCCGUCGUCCACAGCAAUGGAGACCGUCGAGAUUGUGAAGAAGGAAAAAGCCAAACUCCUCGCUUCGACGCCCAACCCGCUGCCGUUACUUGCCGGAGCCGACCUUUUCAUACAGUACCUGCUGCGCGCGCUUAGAGGGCAAGUGGCCGCGGGUGCGGGUGCGGGGGGUACUUCUUCCUAUUCUUCUUCGGGCCGGGUGCUCAGCUUCGACGAGACGCGCCAGCACCUGCUCGACAACCGGCAGCUCUUUGCGCAGCGGGCCAAGGCGGCGCGCGACAACAUCGCCAUCUGGGGCAGCCGGUACGUGUCGGACGGGUGCGCCGUGCUGACGGCGGGCGGGUCGCGCACCGUGACCAAGAUCCUGCUGCGCGCCGCCGCCGACCCGAGCAAGCACUUCAAGGUCAUCUACGUGGUCGACCGCGGCACCACCGACUCGCGCAGCCACCGCGCCGUCGCCCAGCUCCGCGAGGCCGGGCUAGAGGUUGAGACCAUCUCCCCGCACAAGGUCGCCUACAUGCUCGGCAACCAGAAAAACAUCAACCUCGUGCUUGUCGGGACCGAGGUCGUCAUGCAGAACGGCGGCAUCAUUUCUGGAAUGGGCACGGCACAGCUCGCCCACCUGACCAAGACGGUCAAGGGAGCCAUCAAGCGCUUCUACGUCGCCGCCGAGACGCACAAGAUUGUCCGCAAGACCCCGAUCGCCUACCCCAUGGUCAACCGCGUCGGCGUCGAGCAGCGUGACAUCAGCAAGUUUGAAAACAUAGGCCUGGCCGACCCGGAUGCCGUGGCCGGAAUGCUGUCGGAGCAGGAUGAGGUCGACUACACGGAUCCCGAACUCAUCGACGGCAUCAUCACCGAGCAGGGCGUCAAGAUGACGUCGCAGAUCUGGGAGAUGGUCGACGACUAUAUAUGA